AUGACACAGCCAAAUGAACCUGAACAGCCAACCGAACCUGAACAGCCAACUGAACCCGGGCAGCAAGUUGCCGCUGCUCUCGAACCGCCCCCAGGACACUGUUACCAGUACUACGAGAACUACGAUUGCGGCCACAUGGCUUUCGAAUACGAUCAACAAUUCCCGUGUCCCACAUCUCUCGAAACCGGCGAGUGCGACUGUACGGAUUGGACACUCACUGCACUUGAAAUCACGGUAAAGGAAAACUGUGUUCACUGCGAGAAUGGGACAAGUAGGAAGUUGAAGAGAGCGCAGAAGGAUGCCGAACGUGAAGAUCGGAUUCCAGGAAGCACGAUGAGCAUCGCGGAGAGCAAUGAGAGGACGAAGAAGAAGAAGAUCACUGAGUUCAGGGAAGAAGAUGACUAA